AUGUCCUCUACGAUGAACGGCGCUCCUUCGGCCGCCGACCUUCCCCUGCCCACCGACGCCAGUCUCUCCCAUGGAAGUCUCGCCGACCUGCUCCCCUCGCAUUUCACGACAGACAUCACCAGCUGGCUCGCAGAAGACACUCCUUCGUUUGACUAUGGCGGCUUUGUCGUAGGCUCCGACCCACGCUCCGCCCAAUUGCUGUGCAAAUCUGCUGGCGUCCUUGCCGGAGUACCCUUCUUCGACGAAGUAUUCCGCCAGCUCGACUGCACCGUUGAAUGGCAUUACAACGAAGGAACAUACCUGGAUCCUGCAAAGUCAGGCGGGAAGAUUUCCGUGGCCACUGUGAGGGGUCCGACGCGCAAACUUCUGCUAGGGGAGAGAGUAGCGUUAAAUACCUUGUCGAGAUGCAGCGGCGUGGCGACCAAGAGCCGGACAAUGCUGGAGCUGGUGCGAGGAGCAGGCUACAAAGGCGUGCUGGCUGGAACGAGAAAGACCACUCCGGGGUUCAGACUGGUUGAGAAAUACGGCAUGUUGGUCGGAGGUAUCGAUGGUCACCGACACGAUCUGAGCAGCAUGAUCAUGCUGAAAGACAACCACAUCUGGGCGAAAGGCAGUAUCACCAACGCCGUCAAGGCGGCGCGAGCAGUCGGGGGCUUUGCUCUGAAGAUCGAAGUCGAAGUCCAGAGCGAGGCGGAGGCAGACGAGGCCAUCGAAGCCGGCGCUGAUGUGGUGAUGCUGGACAACUUCGAUGGCGAAGGUCUGAAAGUUGCCGCAAGAAGUCUGAAAGACCGCUGGCGUGGCAAGCGACAAGUCCUGCUGGAGAGUAGCGGUGGGCUUACAGAGCAGAAUGUCAAGGGGUACAUCAAUAACGAUAUCGAUAUCAUCUCCACCAGUGCUGUUCACCAAGGUGUAUCGCAUGUCGACUUCUCAUUGAAGAUCGACCAUUAA